AUGGCGGCGUCGACGGAGACAUUGAUCGGACUGGCCAAAUCAAGAAGAUCCGUGUAUGCUAUCAGCAACACCAGCACCGUGCCAGACUCUCAGCUCGAGCAGCUUGUCCACGAUGCAAUCAAGCAUGUACCUAGCUCCUUCAAUACUCAGACUACUCGUAUCGUCCUGCUUCUCCAUGACGAGAAUCAACGGUUCUGGGAUACCGUUGAAGGCGUGUACAUGUCGAUGGUGGCCAGCGGUAAAUUCCCCGAAGACAAAUGGAAGGCUGGCACAAAGCCAAAGUUGGAUAAAGUGAGAGCGGGUUACGGGACUAUUCUCUUCUACGAAGACCCAACGGUGAUCCCGGGGAUGUGUGCGAAGUUUCCACAGUACAAGGAGCAGUUCCCCAUAUGGGCUCAUCACAGCAAUGCCAUGCAUCAAUACUUCCUGUGGACCGCGCUCGAGUCUCUUGGAUUGGGCGCCAGCCUGCAGCAUUACAACCCUAUCAUUGAUGCAACGGUUAUGGAAGCUUUCUCACUCCCAUCGGACUGGAUAUUAGUUGCACAGAUGCCGUUUGGCGUCCCUACUGCACCACCAUCCGAGAAGUCCUUUAAUCCUGUUGAGCCGAGAGUGAGGGUAUUCGGGAAGCAAGAGAAUUAG